CCCGCUUUCCAACAGCUGUAAAAUCUCACUCCCUAGCUCUACUUCAAGAUCUCACUCUACGUUUUCUCUCUCUAAACCCCCCCUGAGAUCUUACAGUUUAUAGUAUUUUUUGCGUAUCAGAUCUUACCCACAUUAGAUGGAUCCGUAAAACCCUUCUGGCAUUCUUGUUUUUUCACCUGGGUUUUCACUUUUUUCCAGUUGUUGAUAGGAAAGGUUUGAUUUUUAUGAGCUAAUUGUCGGAAAAAUCGAGUCUUGCCGGAACCCUAGAAAAUUCCGGCGAAAGGGUUUUGAGUUUGGAAUGUUUUGAGAAGAAUGGUGUGUGUGAAUUAUGGUGUGGAGGAAAGAAAUGUUGAUUACUCCAAUGCUGCUGCUGUUGUUCAUUGUUUUUGUGCUUUCUCUGCCUUGUACUAGUUUUGGACGUUCUUUUCAUCACAUCACUUCAUCUCCUUCUGUACUGCCUUCGCGAUCAGAAUAUGUUAAAGAAUUCAUUUUUGAAGAUGUGCACUUGACAUCAGUAAGAGCUUCAGCUGUUCCAGAAAGAGCUCCUCGCAGAUGGCGAGCUAAGCCUUUUCCAGUACCUUUAGCAUCAUCAUCUUCUCCUACGUCUCAAGGACCUGUUGCUGGUCCAAGCAAUAAGAACUUGCCAAGACGCCGCCAUCACCACCAUGGAGCAAAUACUAGACCAGUGUCUCCAUCUCCAUCAGUUGUUCCAGGCUGUGAUAUAAAAUGUUUGGAGCCGCUCACCUCGAAUCCCUUUAUUUCUCCGUGUAGUUGUGUGCUACCCAUGAAAAUCAGGCUCAUUUUUUAUGUAUCUCUCUUGGCCAUCUUUCCUGUAGUUAACGAGCUAGAGAUAGAGGUCGCCAAAGCUACAUAUCUUUUGCAAAGCCAAGUGGUUAUUGUAGGAGCUAAUGCAGACCAUCAGAAUCAGGAAAGAACUGUAAUCGAUAUUAACUUGGUCCCGCUUGGGGACAGAUUUGAUAAUACCACCGCCACACUAAUUUAUGAAAGAUUUUGGCAAAAUAAAGCUCCUCUGAAUCAAACUCUAUUUGGUAAUUAUGAUGUGGCAUCCAUUACAUACCAAGGGCUUCCUGCAUUGCCACCAAUUGGGGUAAGUUCUGGACAUGAGUUCCCUCUUACAGCAAAAUUUUCCGACAAACGUCAAAAGAUGGAUGCAAGGACUAUAUGGAUCGUCUCCUCAUCUGCACUUGUUGUUGUAUUAGCCUUCACAGGAGCCAUUUUUAUCAUAUUAAAGUACAGGAAGGGCAGCAGACCAUCAAAUUCUAUUGGUCCGGUCACUACUUCAUCUGUUAAUAAGAGAUCUGGUAUCAAAUCUAUGCUAUGUAGUGCCACAAGUUCGGCGUCAUCCUCCCCUGUUUCUGGCAUGCCUACUUCUAUGCUCUUUGUUAAGAAAUUUUCAUUGGCAGAGCUGGUAAAGGCUACAGACAAUUUCAGCUCAACAAGGAUUUUAGGUGAAGGAGGUUUUGGGUGUGUUUAUUUAGGGGUCUUGGAAGAUCAGACUGAAGUUGCGGUGAAGCUGUUAAUAAAGGAUAACCUUAAUGGAGAUCGUGAUUUUGUAUCAGAAAUUGAGAUGCUAAGCAGAUUGCAUCACCGCAAUCUUGUGAAAUUAAUUGGUAUAUGCACUGAACGGCACACUCGUUGCUUGGUUUAUGAAGUUGUUCCAAAUGGAAGUGUUGAGUCUCAUUUGCAUGGUGCAGACAAGAGUACCGGACCUCUUAACUGGGAUGCACGUUUAAAGAUUGCUCUUGGUGCAGCACGAGGAUUAGCUUAUCUUCAUGAAGAUUCUAACCCGCGAGUAAUCCACCGAGAUUUUAAAACCGCCAAUAUUCUCUUAGAAGAUGAUUUCACCCCUAAGGUCUCAGAUUUUGGGCUGGCAAGGGAAGCAACAGAAGGAAGUCUUCAUAUUUCUACUCAAGUCAUGGGAACUUUCGGGUAUGUUGCUCCUGAAUAUGCAAUGACAGGGCAUCUACUUGUUAAAAGUGAUGUAUACAGCUAUGGAGUUGUGCUGUUGGAGCUUCUUUCUGGAAGAAAACCUGUAGACAUGUCUCGGCCUCCAGGACAAGAGAACCUUGUAACUUGGGCUCGGACACUACUAACCAGUAAAGAAGGAUUGCAGCAAUUGAUGGAUCCCACCCUAGCCGGAACUUAUGAAUUUGAUGACAUGGCAAAGGUGGCUGCCAUUGCUUCCAUGUGUAUUCACCUUGAGGUGACGCACAGACCAUUCAUGGGAGAAGUUGUGCAAGCUCUAAAGCUGAUUUAUAACGAUUCAGAUGAAACUGGUGGAGAGUUAUCUACUCAGAGAGACUCUUCUGCUAUAGGCUCCGACUUGAAAGGAGAUUUUGUUACUUCUGAUAGCAGUUGGUGGAAUGCUGGUGGACUGUCCCCCCAAUUAACUUAUGGCAGUGCCACUCCUUUCGUAACAAUGGAGUAUAGCUCGGGUUCACUUGGAGAAGUUGAAAAACGACUGUUUUCGACCUCAAGUUUUAACAGAGACAGAUUUUCUUUGCCUAUCAGACAUGAGAAUAUGUCAGGUCCGCUGAGGACAGUUCGGAGCAAGCCAUCAUCUCAUAGAUUAAAGCGAAGCAAAAGUGAACAUGGUAUUCUGUCGAACCUUGUCUAGCAUGGAAGCCUCAAAACUUCUAUGUAGAGAGUUUCUUUCCCUGUGAAAUAUGUUAGUGUACAGAAAUUAGGGUGUAGGCCCUUUUUUAUAGCACAAUUUGAAACUAAAAUACCCAAAAUGUUAGACCUGACCUUUUUAGCACAAAUUGAAGCUAAACUGCGAAGAAUGUCCGGAAGAAUUGGCUCAUUUUAGCUCCAAAGGGCGCUAACUGAGCGACUGACACAAUCUCUCAUUCCUUUUUUUCAUUAUAGACUUUUAUCAAUAUAGAACAAUUAAGACA